AUGGCGAAAGAGUCCUUCCCUAUCGAUGCCGCCCAGGUCGUGGGCCUCUUCAUGGAGAGCGUGUUUUAUGGCUGUCUGCGGGUCCUGCUGUGGAAAGAGGGCUGGUUCAAGCCGCUGCACGCGAUCAACAAGAAAAUGCUGGUCGCGGCCCUCCUCAUGUUUUUGUUUGCCUCGUUGGACGUCGCCUUCCAUCUGCGUCAUAACCUCGAUGCGUUCAUUUGGUUCGAGGGAGACCCUGUCGACGCAUUCGAGGAGACUUCCAACUGGAUCAACGUCAUGAAGAUGGUGUGCUACGUCCUGCAGACUUUCGUUGGUGAUGCAAUUUUGCUCUACCGAUGCUUCAUCGUUUAUUCGAAGCGUUGGCUCGUCAUCGUUCUUCCAACUCUCCUCUGGCUUGGAACGACCGUCUGCGGAGCCAUGACAAUUUACGUCGAGGCGACGUUGGAUACCUCCGGGAAACUCCUCAACGCUUCCAAUCUUAUUCCGUUUAUUACCAGUAUGCUGUGCCUCACUCUUGCGACAAACGUCCUGACAACGGGUUUAAUCGUGCAUCGCAUCUGGAAGAUUCGGGUGAACCUCAAGCAUCGUUCAACCGUCGUCACCAAUUCUCCUCUCACAAAUGUCAUGGUCGUCCUUAUCGAGUCUGGCCUUAUGUACACGCUAUCGAUUAUCAUCCUGUUUGGUCUUUACAUGGCCUCGAGCAAUGGGCAAUAUGGCGUAUCAAACGCGGUUGUCCAAAUCAUUGGUAUCACGUUCAACCUUAUCAUCACCAGUGUGGACCGCGGAGAUUCGACACAGCCUACGAGCCAGACUAAUCGCUCUAUCAGCCAUUCCGCUUCUCAAGGAAACGUCCCUCUUCAUAUGAUCAACAUCCAGACAACCGUCAAUCGUUACCCGGACCCCGCACCCACCAAAUCGCACGUCUCCGACAUCGAAACGGCAUCGUCAAACAAGGUGGAAUGGAAUUCCCCUCAAUGA